AUGACGACUUUGAAACCCCAAUACACUCCCCUCAACCCCUCGGCCCCCGAGUACACGCCCAUACCACCCGGAAUCACCCGUCACCCCCUCGCGCCACCGCCGGUCUUCCUCCUCCCGCCGCCGCCACCACCCGCCUUCCGGCCUCAGCCGCCGCUUUGCUUCCUACACCAUCUCAUCCCUACCUACCUACCCCCAACACCCCACCACCACCACCACCACCACCACACACAACCCUACCACGCCGUCCACAGAACCACCACCGCCCAUAUCCAGCCUCCGCCGCCGCCAGAGGAAGAGGAGAGAGUCCCUGCCGCUCAGAGGUGGCGGCCGCCCCCGCCGCCGAGGAGGGUUAGGUGGCCGGAUGACGGCAGAAGCCGACGUGGCGGGUCGUGUGUGGACCACAACAACGCCGCCAUGCACAAAAAUGGGAAGAGGAGCCAAGUUUUCCCCCUCAUAAGAGAAGAACACAAAACAACAGUCAUGAUCAGGAAUAUCCCUUAUGAAUGCCCAAGAAAAGAGCUUAUAAAUCUCAUGGACCGUUUUUGCUUGAUGGAAAAUGCAAAGGCAAAAAAGGAGGGAACAUCCGAGGAAAGCAGCAGCACUAUCACAGCCUACGACUUUCUGUACUUGCCGAUUGAUUUUAGUACGAAAAAGAGCAGAGGGUUUGCAUUUGUCAACUUCACAAGUGCGAGUGCAGUUUGGAGGUUCUAUCAGGCUUUUCACCUCAAAAAUUGGGAUUUUAUUGAGCCAACAAGGUGGACCAAAAAGAUUGAGGUUGUCACGGCCAAAAUUCAGGGAAAGGAUGCGCUAGUGAACCAUUUCUCUCAGUCCAUUUUCGACUGUGACAGCGAUGAAUACCUGCCGGUGACUUUCCGGCCGGCGAGGGACGGCUCCGGGCAGUCCGGUCAGCUGACGGCUGUUGGAUUACGUGGAUAUCAGGAAGCCUACCGCCAUCAUAAGCGCUAG